AUGCGGACGUUUUUGGCCUUUUUGCUCCUUUUCGUCGCCGUCUAUGGGUACGUCUUGCCGGAAAACUACGAGUCCAAGCCGAUUUGGCCCGUCAGGCUACGACCAGGAUUUCCAUGUCUGUUUUUUUCACUGCUUUUUGAAAGUAACUGGAGCAAAUAAAUUGAAAACAAGUAAAAGGGAUCAAAAAAAUUAAAAAAAUUUAUUGUAGAAGCAUAUUUUUCUGAAAAAAAUGAAGGAAGAGGAAGCUUAAAAAAAUCAUUAUUCUGGAGCAAGUUCGAAAAAAGCAUUUUUAAGCUUCUUCUCUUUAUUCUCUAUGAGUCAGGAGGAGUUUCUUAGUUUUCCAAACUUUACAGCUAUUUUUUUCUUGCAAAGGCAUAUAGAUUUUUUUCAUUUUGUUCAAAAAUUAAGACAGUUUUUUUCCGCUCCAAUGAUGAUAAGACUUGAAUAAUUGAAGAUAACUUCCUUCUAUUAUUUUUUGUUGGCAUCAUUACUUAGAAUUACCAGAUGAUAAACAGACUUGUUAAUAAGUUCAUAAUGAUUAAUAAUUUCCGAAAAACCUUGCUGAUGACACAAAAAGUUAUGAAACAGGUAAUAGAAUUAUAAGAGAUGACUGGUUUUCCUUCAAGUAUGAUAAUCUUCAAAAAAAAAACUUUGAAACGAACUUUUUUCCAGGGCUAGCCCCGAAAAGCGCCGAUUUUGACGACUACCAGUCCAGAAUGCACAAGAAACGUUAGUUUUUUUCAUCAAAAAAAUCUAAAAAAAUUUUGAUUCAAAUUUUUCAGAAUUUUGGGGCGAUCCGAAGCUGGGCGAUGAGAUCUUCCCGUGGGGAAUGGGCAAAUAA